AUGAGUUGGGCAUGUGAGACCGAUUUAAGACCAGAUCCAAAAGAGAGAGAGUCUGGGUCAAGGACAAAUCCAGACAAGAACCUGACAGUGUCAAGACUGAGUCCGAAUGAAAACAAGAUUGGGUCAAAACCGAGACUGAAUGACAGCAAGGCUGGGUCAAGACCGCGACUGAAUGAGAGCAAGGCUGGGUCAAGUCCGCGACUGAAUGAGAGCAAGGCUGGGUCAAGUCCGCGACUGAAUGAGAGCAAGGCUGGGUCAAGUCCGCGACUGAAUGAGAGCAAGGCUGAGUCAAGACCACGACUGAAUGAGAGCAAGGCUGGGUCAAGUCCGCGACUGAAUGAGAGCAAGGCUGAGUCAAGACCGCGACUGAAUGAGAGCAAGGCUGAGUCAAGUCCGCGACUGAAUGAGAGCAAGGCUGGGUCAAGACCGCGACUGAAUGAGAGCAAGGCUGAGUCAAGACCACGACUGAAUGAGAGCAAGGCUGGGUCAAGUCCGCGACUGAAUGAGAGCAAGGCUGAGUCAAGACCGCGACUGAAUGAGAGCAAGGCUGAGUCAAGUCCACGACUGAAUGAGAGCAAGGCUGGGUCAAGUCCGCGACUGAAUGAGAGCAAGGCUGAGUCAAGACCACGACUGAAUGAGAGCAAGGCUGAGUCAAGACCGCGACUGAAUGAGAGCAAGGCUGAGUCAAGUCCGCGACUGAAUGAGAGCAAGGCUGAGUCAAGACCACGACUGAAUGAGAGCAAGGCUGGGUCAAGACCGCGACUGAAUGAGAGCAAGGCUGAGUCAAGACCACGACUGAAUGAGAGUCCAGAUCAAGGCCGAGUCCAAAUGAGAGCAAGACUGGAUCGAGAGCAAAUCCAAAUGAGAGCAAGACUGGGUCAAGACCAAGUCCAAAUUAAAAGGAGUCCAAAACAGAGCGAGAUGAUUGUGUGUCAUAGAGAGUACUGAUACAAUAACACAUGGAAAAAUAUAUAUAUUUCUUUGGGGGGCGUAGAGUAAAACACAAUUAAUACAAUCAUUUAACACCAUUAUAAAACAAAAUUCAUCAUAUGUUAAAUAAACUGGCAAGAAAAUACAUAAAAGUAGAGAAAACUUUAAUGUAACGUAAUUAUUUCAGAUUAAAAAAACAAAGUUUGAAUUAAUUAUUAAUAUAUCUGUAAGAGCCAUAAAGCAGAAAAGAUAGAAUGUGGAAAUAUGUACAAUUUAUAUUUUAUGUUAUUCUUAAUUCAUGUCAUUGUGUAAUUCAUAAUUCUAAGAAAAUGAUUAUUAAUAUAAAAAUGUUUGAUGACGCUUCCUCAGAGUAGCGUAACUGAGAACGUGCAGCACCAGUUCAGUCAGAGCUGCGCAAGGCACGGGAGCAUAUAGUUUUCUUACCGUACGUGCGUUCACAUUUGUAACCGUUUGAUUUUCUAAGUAAAGACACCUAAACUCAAAGAACUUGUCAUGUCGUGCGCGUGAAGAAAUUACUGUGUCUGCAGCUCUAAGUGGUACUUUUUGGAAACUGAAGAAAGUGUCACUACAUUUAGUAAGAAAACUGCUCACGGAUGGACCAAGAGUGACUGAAAACCGAACUUUUUGGAUGCUAAUCAGGAGCCAACCAUCAGUUAACACCUCCGAACGGUGUGUCAGACUGGAGCAUCAUUCUGGAGAGGAUUUACUGAGAGCGAACGAGGUGGUAAGCCUGCCGAAUUAACAUAUGAAAGGACGAAUUGCCUUUAAAAGACUCGUUUGCUAGGUAGAAGGAAGCCACUACUGUGCUAGUUUGAAGCUAAGUUAAGCCAAGAAGCUAACGCUAUUUAGCUACUGAAUGACUUGCAGCUUGAGCCAAGAAGCUAAUGUUAUUUAGCUAAACAGUGACUUGCAGAUUCAUGCUAACUUGUUAAUUGAAGCCUGAAACCGAAAAUUACUGAAAGCUCUGUGUGUUUUGGAAAUUGUGAAGCAUUUAUUGGAUGAAGAAAAGUGUUAUUGGAAUACUUUUGAUUCAUAUGCACACAGUUUGCACACCGCUUUAUUGAGAAAAGAAAUAUGGAGGAAGGUAAUGUUGAAACAGUUGGCCCUGAAGAAAUGGCCACCAAACGGCCAGUCAAGUUAACUGAGAAGGCAAUUGAGAACAAACUGUACAGGCUACUUGGCUCCAGGAGAAGUUUUCUAGCCCGACACACAACUCUAAGGAGGGAAGUUACCAGUUUAAUCACAUUAGCUGAUAAUUUGUCAACAGUGAAAGAAAUAAUGCAGGAAGAAUUUAAUCCAGUUCUCCAAGAUUUUGUUGACAUCACUGAACAAUUAGGAGAUCUUUUACCUGAAGAUGAGAAAGAGGCAGAUAUUAACAACUGGUUUGAGCCUAAAAUGACAGUUAUCAGACAGUUUACUGAAGAAACUGACAAAUGGAUGGAGCAGGAGACCUUGAACUUACAACGAACAAACCAAGAAUCACAAGCUGAGGAAGAGAUAAACCCUGAUGAUAGUGUGUCACAAGUGAGCCAUAAGUCCAAUAAACUAAGCAAGAAGGGCUCAUGUGCUGGAUGCUCAACUGUCGUGUCUUCUCGUGCAUCAGUUUGUGCUAUUGAAGAAGCCAAGCUCUCUGGUCUAGUAGAACGUGCUGCUAUUCUGGAGAAGAAACAAGAGUUAGAAAUGGAAGAAGUACGUAUCAAAGCAGCUAAAGAGAAGUUAGAUCUAGAUGCAGCUAUUGCAGAAAAAAGAGCAAAAGUCAGAAUACUGAAACAGUAUGUGAAAUCAGAGGAUGGCAUGAACAGCUACCUGCGCCCUCAUGCAGCAGGUGGUGCAAGAGUGAAAGAAGAGGAAAACCCCGCCCCUCUCUCUCAGAUCAGGUCUUCUUACAGAAGCCAGGCAUCACUAAGGCCAUUGCAAGAUGUAAGACAUCAGGUUGCUACAGUAAACACUGCAGUGCAACAGCAUGAUGGAAGCAUGAGUGGCCUUCUGAAAGUAAUGGAAAAUCAAAACGCUAUUACAGAGAUGCUUGUUAAGCAACAGCAGUAUGCUCAGCUUCCUGAGAAAGAAGUGGCAGUGUUCAAGGGUGAUCCACUUACUUAUAGAUCUUUCAUUAGAGCUUUCGAACAAGCCAUUGAGCAGAAGACGGACAGUGAACAAGACAAAUUGUAUUACCUACAACAGUUCACUGCAGGAGAACCGCAGGAGCUUGUUCGAAGCUGCGAACACAGACCAUUACACAAGGGGUUCAAAGAAGCAAAAGAGCUCUUGAAGAAACAUUAUGGAGAUGAGUUGGUCAUUGCAAGCGCUUACAUCGAUAAAGCUUUAAAGUGGGCACCAAUCAAAGCUGAAGAUGGAAAAGCACUUAAGACCUAUGCGUUAUUCCUAACUGGUUGUUGCAACACGAGCCAGGAUGUUGAAUCGAUGGAGGAAAUGAAUAAUCCUACGAAUAUGAGGAUGGUGGUAUCCAAACUACCUUACAAGAUGCGAGAAAGUUGGCGCAAUGAAGCAUUUAAAAUCAAGGAGAAAAGAGGACUCAGAGCAAGAUUUGCCGACCUCGUCACCUUCAUUGACCGACAGUCUAAGAUAGCCAUGGAUCCACUCUUUGGAGACCUCCAAGGCAAAAACCCACCACCAGCAGGAAAAGGCAAGGAAAUUGGGAAAGUGGGCAAGAGUGGAGGAAAAGGAGCAAGCUUUGCAACCAAAGUAUGGAAAGGUACAAGACUACCAUGGAAAAGAAAGCACUUACCUUGGAACAGCUGACGACGGCAGAAGCAGAAAUCAUCCGGUACAGCCAAGCCCAAUGUUUUCCUGAGGAGAUUGAUGCACUCUGCAAUAGUAAGUCUGUCAAGAAAAGCAGCCAGUUGCACAAACUCGAUCCCAUGUUGAAAGAUGGCAUCCUAAGGUAGGAGGACGGCUAGUUAAAUCUGCCAUGCCAGCGGACAUAAAACAUCCUGCGAUACUGUCCAAACACUCAAGAGUUGCAUUCCUCAUCCUGAGUGACAUCCAUGAGAAGAUCGGUCACUGCGGGCGCAAUUACAUGUUAUCGCAGUUGAGAGAGAAAUUUUGGAUCCCACAAGCAACCUCCGCCAUCAGGAAACUUAUAUCCAAAUGCAUGGUUUGCAGAAGACGACAAGGACGAGUUGGUGAACAGAAAAUGGCACCUCUGCCAGAAGAUCGUCUUGUACCAGACAAGCCGCCAUUCACAAAUGUUGGAAUUGAUUACUUCGGCCCAUUUGAAGUGAAACGGGGCCGGAGCACUGUCAAAAGGUAUGGUGUGAUGUUCACCUGCCUCACCAUCAGAGCAGUGCACAUUGAGGUGGCUGACAGUCUGGACACAAGUGCUUGUAUCAAUGUCCUUCGUCGCUUUGUAAGUAGAAGAGGACAGGUCUCCAUAAUGCGAUCCGACAAUGGCACCAAUUUUGUUGGUGCUGAGAAGGAAUUGAGAGAGGAACUGAAAAACCUGAACCAAUCAGAAAUUGAGAAAACAAUGCAAAAGAAAGGCAUCAAGUGGAUUUUCAAUAGUCCAGCGGCAUCACAUCAAGGAGGGAUUUGGGAGCGGCAGAUCCGUUCAGUUCGCAGGAUUCUUAGCGUUCUGCUUAAGGAACAGACCCUCACCGACGACAGCCUUCAAACACUUCUUUGUGAGGUUGAAAGCAUAAUAAAUGGCCGACCCAUAACCAGCGUGUCAGAUGAUCCACACGACUUGGAUCCUCUGACCCCCAACCACCUGUUGUUGAUGAAGACCCAGCCUAACCUACCACCAGGAAUCUUCAACCCGGAUGAUCUAUACACAAGGAAACGCUGGAGGCAAGUACAAUAUCUUGCAGAUCUAUUCUGGCGCAGAUGGACUCGCGAAUACCUCCCCCUCCUCCAGGAACGCCAGAAAUGGACGAGACAGAAGAGGAACUUUGAACCUGGAGAUGUAGUGCUAGUAGUCGAUAGUUCAUCUCCACGCAACACUUGGAUCAUGGGAAGAAUAAUACAAGUCCUACCUGACUUCAGUGGAACUGUGCGCCGUGUGAAGU